AUGAUUGGAAAGCGCAACAACACCAGCAACCACUCCACCAGUCCAGUCCGAGGUUAUAACCUCUCUGGUUUUCGCUGGCUACACAAUAAUCCAAGAGGAAAGAGCAGCUCGCCCAUCAUCGAAGAGCAACCAUCCUCACAGCAACAGCAAGACCAAAACGAACCAUCGGCUCACAUCCUGAUCCAAUCAGUUGCCCCAAAAGGAGGAUCUGCCGCACAACGCAGAGCACAACGAGAAGCCUUUGAAGAUCUUAUGCAUGGACAGAAUGCCCUGGAUGUGAUCUUGCAAGAGUCAUGA